AUGCUCAACAAAAAUUAUUCAAAAAAUUCUGGUCUAGAAGCCUCACUUGGUUCGGAACCCCCUGGUCCAGAAACCUACCUUGGUUCAGAAUCAUCACUUGACUCUGAUCCAGAAACAUCACUUGUUAAAACUCGAACUUUACCCGUUCGCGCACUGAAUGAGUGUUUCGUUGGAGAAAGUUGCUCGUCUAGAGUUUCCUAUUGCGAGUUUUCCGUUGAUGGUUUACCAAGAUAUAAAUUUAAAAGCUCAGGAGUGACAAUUUGUACCGGAACUGGUUCAACUUCCUGGUCUUUCAACAUCAAUCGUUUAACCGUUCAAAGUGUUAAAAGAUUAUUUCAAAUUGUCCAAGAAGAAACUGGACAAAAUGUUGCCUCUAAUGAGGAAACAAUUAAAUUGAUCACCAAACGUCAAUGA